UAACGCCCGUAUCGUUUCGACGGCCGCUAAAAAUAGCGUUCCUCGAGGAACAACCGGAGUAAUUCGGCCACACGGAUGCUUGAUGGAACUCCACAGUCGCGCUCUCGAUACUUUGUCUCAUCGUCGUCGGGGAAAUACGGGAUUCCGAGGAUAUGGAAUUCGCGAAGUGUGACUCGAGUUCGCAGUUUCCUUGUCUCCAGACUCGCGUCUCGGGCGGUCUUUUCUCUUGCUACAGACUCGAUCGGGAGCUGUAUUCUGGACACAGCAAACGCUAAAUAUGCCUUUCUGAUUCUGACUCUUAAGAGUAAAGCUCUCUUCCUGCUCUUCCUGGCGUCUCAGGAACACCUCGUAUACAAGUCGACACCGAAGUCGACGCUCUAAACUAAUAAGUCUGAGACUUCCUUUCUCGCGUUAACAAUUACAAUCCGCUGAACUCCGUGUUUUCGCGACAAGCGAGGUCGGGAAGAACUACGAUACACGCGACAAAAGUUAAACUCUAUUCGUCAUUACGGUCGCGCUCCCGUCAUUCGCUCCUCGCUGAUCGGUUCGACACC